GUUUCAGAUUUCUGAAGCAAAUGUAACAAAGCAGUCAUGGAUAUUGCUUGUGUUUGGAUAUUUGUAUGCAUGCUUUGCUACAAAAUAUUUCCAGUGAUCGCUGGUUUAAAUACUGAAUUGGUGAUUUUUCGAGUGAAUCGUAAGCAUAAAGACACGCGAAGAUGUGCAAUGGAAUCCUUACAUCACACGUUUGGUCGUAAAGAUGAUCUGACCGGAGAUUGCAAAAAACUAACACAAGCGAUAAAUCAAACUCAAACAGUAGGAGCUGGGCACAUAGAACAAGUUUACAUUAAGAAGGACUUUAAUACAGUGAUGAACGUUGGAGGAAAUAAAAAUUCUGGAGUUGAGAGAACCCACAUUGAACUUCAAACACCUUUAAUGCCAGGAUCUAGAUUAGAUUUCCAUUGCAGUCGUAAACCUGCUAAGAUAUAG